AUGCAGAUCAAGGGCCGGACGUUCAUAGUCUCUGGAGGCUCCAGCGGCCUGGGGCUCGCCACAACCAGCCUUUUCCUCCAAAAUGGCGGCAAUGUGUCAAUACUCGAUCUCAAUCCACCUCCUUCAGAUACCUUCUCCCACACCGACUCCUCGCGAAUCCUCUUCACCAAGACGAACGUCGCGUCCACUGAGUCUUUACACAACGCAGUCAAGAGUACACUCAAAUGGAUUCAAGAAACAACCUCGAAGCCACUUUCGGGCGCAAUCUGCUGCGCCGGGAUCGGCACCGCCACGUUAUCUCUGCCCAAACAAGACCCGUCUGCAACACAUGAAAGUGUUAAGUAUAUGGAUAUGGGAGCAUUCGACCGGACCCUAGCUAUCAACCUCCGGGGUACGGUAGACCUCAUCCGCUUGUCCAUUCCGCACAUGGCCCUUAAUGAGCCCGAAGGUCCAGAUGGGGAGCGAGGCAUUGUGGUGGUGGUUUCAUCAGUCGCCGCUUACGAAGGCCAGGUGGGCCAACUGGCAUACAGCGCAAGCAAAGGCGCUGUCCGUAGCAUUGUUCUACCCCUGGCACGCGAACUAGGUCAGAAGGCGGGUAUACGAGCUAUGGGAAUCGCACCAGGAGUUUUCCAAACUGGCAUGACUGUGCCACCCAAGAAAAAAUCGGCGUCACCCCCGAAGAAGGAGGGAAAUGAGAGCAAGUCAAAAGGCAACACUGGCUCGCGCACGUCAGUGAAUCCGGAAAUGAUCCAGUAUCCGGCGCGAAUGGGCCGGGGGGACGAAUUCGCCCGUCUUGUCAAGGAGAUUGUCGAGAAUCCCAUGCUCAAUGGUGGAGUUGUCAGACUAGAUGGUGCCGUGAGAAUGCCCAGUCGCCUGUGA